AACGUGAGCAGUAGCGAAGACUCCGAGGUGCGCAGUCAUCUUCGCACCUGCGAGGGCUUUCUUCCCUCCCUCUUGACGAUUCUGCGUGCGGCAGCAGAGGCCGGUUUCACCAACCUCAAGUCCAUCGAGCACUCCGUCUGCGCGGUGCGCAACCUCUGCUUCGCGUUGCAGGAGAUCGUCGACCCCGCCUACACCGCCCGGCAACAGCAGGCACUGUCUAUGACUCGUCCGAGGCCGGGCUCCGGACGACGCCGAGGCUCGCAGAUGUCGCGUGGCGGACCGGCCAGUCUGACAGACGGUGAGCUCGAGAGCGCCCAGUUACCGUCUCGUGAGUCCAGUUCCCGAGCUCGACGCGGCCUAUUGCGUCGCGGCAAGAAGACACGCGACAAGCCAGGCAAGUCAGUCGACUUGAGCUCGAGCUCACAUGAUGCUUUCGGUCGAGUCGCAACUUGUUCUCUGCGUCUCCGGGGCUAA